UGUGUUUUCCUUUAUUAAAACGACGAUUAUACUAUGGAUAUCAUUUGGAAUGCUUUAUUUUUCCAGAGGCUCUUAUGUUUAGCAAUAGCUUAUGAAAACAUUGCUUUGAAUAAACAAGCAUGGGAGAGGUAUCCCUGGAAAAAUGAAAUGCUCGACUGGGGAGCGCAACGUGCAGUAGAUGGACGGAAAUCUAACCUCGCUGCCUCUGGGGGAGAGUGUACAAUAUCGGACAACGGCAAAUCAAUAGCAGAAUGGAGGGUUGACCUGGGAAAUAUCCUGAAUAUAAAUCGAAUAUUCAUCCAGCACAGAACGGAUAAUUUUCCCUGGGGUGCUAAAAACAAACAUGCACCUAGGUUUUUGGGAUUUUCGGUUAUCGUAUCAAACACAACUAAAAAGAACGAUGGGGUGUUGUGUUUUAAGGACAGAAACUUCACCUUAGAGACAAUACCUAAUCCAAUUAACAUAACGUGUCCAAAUUUUGCUCGAUACGUCAUCUUCUACAACAAUAGGACCAAUCGUCCAUUCCCUGCAGGGUAUUCAGACUACGCGUACAACGAGCUCUGUGAAGUGGAAGUUUUUGGCUGCUCAAAAUUUGGUCAUUAUGGAGAGAACUGCUCAAUCCCAUGGUAUGAAAACUGUCAACCUUGUCUCUGUGAUAUCGAAUCUGGACCACGACUACGUAAUGUUGAGGAAUAUGAUGGUCAACAAAGCAAUAAAAGUCAGAAAGCGAACUUGACGUGGAAUAAAAUUCCUAAUACACACUUGAUACGACUCGGUGAUCCAGAUGGCCUUUCAUCAGUGUUCUACAGUUUUGCUCCUUUAUUUGCUACUUUAUUUGUCAUCUCCAUUGUAUUCAACAUUAUCUUCACAAUCAGAGAAUGCAGAAAUAAAGUACGUUUUAAGGACCAGAAGAAAUCAAAGGCGAAGAAUCAACAACGCAUGACUGCCGACACUGAUAUUCAUGAAAAUAUUUAUGAAAAUACAGAAUACCAAGAACUCACAGAAGUGAAAACUACUGAAAAUUAUAUCUAUGAUAAGAUCAGGUGAACUCUAG